UCCGCCUUGUGGAGAUGGAAAGUGGGAGAAGGGAGCCACAAGGAGGGCUGGGGACAGCUGUGGAAGGAGGUGAUAAGGGCCUGUGUCCGGGAGGGACACUGUUCCCAGGUCACAGGAGGGAGUCGCUAUCAGGCUGGCAUUUCCUCCCCAUCCCCAUCGCCUUCCUGCCCCUGCUCAGCCCUCCCUGGAGCUGGAAGAGAGCAGGACAGAGUCACACCCUGCAACAGACCCUGUGCCCUCGGAGGUCCUUCUGCCUGCCCGUCCCCAUGCCUCUCCUCGUGUUGCUGCUCUUGCUGCCACGCCCUUCGCACCCCCAGUUGGUCUGUGAGGUCUCCCAGGUGACCAGCCAGGUGGAAGUGAACUGUGACAACAGGGGGCUGAGGGCGGUGCCUCCAGGUCUGCCGGAAGACACGGCCAUCCUGCACCUGGGCAAGAACCCCCUGGGCACCUUCUCCACAGCGUCCGUGGGCUCUCUGGCCCAGCUCGCCCAGCUUCACCUGCGCCAAAGCCAGCUGAUCAGCCUGAAGCUUGCGGGCUCGCUGCCUCGGCUGGAGACCCUGGACCUCUCCCACAAUAAGCUGAGGAGCCUGCCCGCGCUAGGCCAGGCACUGCCGGCCCUCACCACCCUGGACGUCUCCUACAACGAGCUGACCUCGCUGUCUCCUGGCGCCCUCGACGGCCUGAGCGGACUGCAGGAGCUCUACCUGCGGGGCAACAAGCUGAAGACUCUGCCCCCGGGGCUCCUGGCGCCCGUGCCCCAGCUGAGGAAGCUCAAUCUGGCCGACAACAAGUUGAGCGAGCUGCCCCCGGGGCUCCUGGAUGGGCUGGGCGAACUCGACACUCUCUACCUCCAAGGGAACUGGCUGCGCACCGUGCCGAAGGGCUUCUUUGGGGACCACCUCCUGCCUUUCGCUUUUCUCCACAACAACCCCUGGUCCUGUGACUGCGAGAUCCUCUAUUUUGCUCGCUGGCUGCAGGACAACGAGAAUAAUGUUUACUUAUGGAAGGAGGGUGUAGACGUCAAGGCCACGACUCCCAACGUGGACAGUGUGCGAUGCGUCAACGUGGCCAACACACCCGUCCACACCUACCAAGGGAAGGGCUGCCCCAGUCUUGGGGAUGGGGAUUACCUAGGCUACGACGACUACGGAGAGGAAGAGGCGGGAAAGGUAACUGCCACGAGGGCCGUGGUCAGGUUCUCCACCAACACCAGAGCCCACACAACCCACUGGGCCCCACUCCACCCAGCAUCCACCGCUUCUCUGGACCAGACGUCCCAUCUGUCUCCCACCGUAGAGUCCACUGAGACACAGAGCACAUUCUCAACUGCCCCAGAGCCCAGGACACCCAUGCCCCACCCCCCGCCCUCCACCACAACCCCGACCACCUCAGAGCUCCCCAUGCCCACCGCCAACCUGGAACCCACGACACCCCCCACCGCCCCAGAGCCCACCACGACCCCCAGUACAACUCCCACCAUGACCCCCACCACCCCAGAGCCCAGCACGACCCCUAGUACGACCCCCACCACCUCACAGACCACCACGACCCCAACCACCCCAGAGACCGGAAGUCCUUCCUCGUGA